CUGAAUAACAUCACUCACGUCUGAGACGUCUCUGUUAGAAAACAACAAAUAUCCGUUUGAACAAAACUUGAGGAAGUGAAAUAUCCUAAUGAUGUGGUCUGGAGGAACUACACGUCUUCUUAGAGCCUUCAGCACAUUUGAGUCUGACAGGAAAGAUUAGAACAGUUUUCGAGCAGGUGUCAGACAAAACUAAAUUUAUUUCCAAAUUUAUACUCACUGAUGGUCCCACAGCAGGAAAAUGGCUGAAGCUGAAGUUCUUUACUCUGAUAUUAAGUUCAAAAGAGCGAGGGGAAACACAGAUGUGGCCACACCCUCUGCAGAUGAACCCACUUAUUGCAACGUCCAUUACUCAAAAGCUCAGCGACCUGGCUCCAAACAACCUGCAGCAUCAAACAGGCGAUCAGGGGUCACAUCGGAGCGAGUGGCCCUGCUGGUCCUCAGUGUUCUCCUGGCAGCUGCCGUCACAGCUCUUGGUGUAACCCUUUAUGAAAAUACUCAAACCAUGAAGAGUCUCCAAAAGCUUCAAGAUGAGGCAAAAAAUCUCACAGAAAUACUCAGUAAGACAGAACCGUGCAAAGUGGAGCAGCCAUGUAAACCUCCUUCAGUAAGAGAUGAAGCAUGUCCGAGGUGCGAGGACGGCUGGGAGCCACAUGGAGGAAAGUGCUACUUCUUCUCCUCGGUUACUUCAUCCUGGGAUCAGGGUAGAAGACAAUGCAUAUUAAUGAGAGGAGACCUGGUUGUGAUAAACAACAGAGAGGAGCAGAGAUUCCUGGUGUCUAGACUAAGAGGAAAAAUGGACACUCUUGAGGACAGGUUCUGGAUCGGACUGACAGACUCAAAGAAAGAGGGUGAAUGGCUUUGGGUGGACGACACACGACUGGAUACAAGUUUGACGUUUUGGCGUCUCAAAGAGCCAGACGACUGGAAAGGGCCGAAUCCGGAUGAAGAGGCCUAUCCUGAUGGAGAGGACUGUGUGAGGAUGGGGGUGGAAGACCUGAAGUCCUGGAGCGAUGGAUCCUGCGAAUCACAUCAUAAAAGUAUUUGUGAGAAACCAGAAAAAGCAUGAGCCUGAAAUCCAGUUGGAUCAGAUUGAGCUCGAGUCCUCAGCCACUUUCACAAACUGAGGCAUGAUGCUUUAUUAAUGAAGAUCUUCUCCAGACAUAAACAACUUUGAAUAAUAUCUAGAGUCUCAUAUGUUCUUCAGUUUCCUUGUUAUUUUAAAGUGACGUCUACUCCUCCCUCAUAUAAAAUCUAUGCAUAUUAAAUAUUAUAUAUAAUA